ACCGAUCUGCGACAGGCAGCAGUGUCAGGAGUCAGGAGAUGAGUCAGGUGUUCUGUUCUUAUUCGUCAGAGAGACAUCACUCGAGAUGGACGUGUUGCAAGUCGCGGAGAAGCUGCUCAGUCGGAGUGACGAAUUGGCGGCCUCGCUUCACAGACAAGGAAAAUUUUGGGAAGCAGAAGAACAGUACAAUACAGUAAUACCGCAGCUCGCCGAAAUAUGUGCCCAGUCGGACGAUGGGAAGAAGUUCCUGGCUGCUGCUUACAACAAUAGGGGAUACAUUAGGUAUAAGCAAGUGGAAUUUGAUAAGGCCCUGGAAGAUUAUAAUAAUGCCAUAAUUUAUUUUCCUGAGCUUGCCAGUGCUUAUUACAACAGGGGAACCAUUCACUACAGACUUUGUGGAGGUUAUGAGUUACAUGGAAAAAUAGAAUCGCUUGAAAGAGGUAUGAGUGAUUUUAAGAAAGCUGUUGAACUUGAACCAGGAAAUGAAGAAUUUGGAAAAGGUUAUGCAAGUUGUGAAAAGCUUCUUGAAAGCACAAAAUGUGAAGAGCUUCUUGAAAGCACAAAAGAUGAUGGAAAUUUCUCUUCAAAGGAAAGGAAGACAAAUAAAUCUGUUAUCAAUCUGAAUGGAAUUUCAAAUGAAAAGUUGGUCAAACUACUGUUCUGCUUAGACAGUGGUGACAAAUCUACAGUCAAAAGUGAACACUUCCUGAAACAGAACAUGAGGAGGAUUUUAGAGGCAAUGUCAGCAUUCAUGUCUUUCAUGAAGGAUGAGAGUAUUUCUGAAGUUCGGAAAGUGUUAGAAGCAAGGAUAAAGGAACUGUAUGAAUAUCCACUGUUUGAAAUCCCAGAAGGAGCAGCAAAUACUACUGUACGUACAAAGGAACAAGAGAUACUUACUUUCAUUGAGGCAUGUAAAACUUUCGGCUUGGACUGGACAAAACUGGAGAAAAAAAAAUUGCAGGCUCAGAAAUAUUUUUUCCUUAAUGAAGCAGAAUGCAAAGGAAACUUUCUCAGCUAUUCAGAAAACCUUCGAAUAAUUCAUAUAUGUGACAUCCUCUCAGAAAAACUUGUCUAUCUUUUGUGUGAGAAGGCACAGCUAGAGAUAAAAUCAAUCAAUCUACCCGAGACACUCGCAGAUAAGGAAGUUGUACGUGAAGUCAGACAGAAUUGGGAAUCACUUUCAGUUUUACAAAGUAAAUUAGAUGAAGUUGAAGGUUUCAAGGAAGCAUUGUUUUUUUGUAUCGUACGUAUAUUAGAAAUAAAUGACAAACACAAUCACUUAUACACAGAUAAGUUUGAAGAAUUACUUCAGAACAUAGACACAUGUAAACUGAAUGAAGGUGACACGGGUAUAAUUAAAAGCAUCACUUGCAUGCUUUCUAAAUAUCCCAAUGUGUGUCAGCCUACAGGAUAUUGCCUAGUGUUUUGUGUAACGAAGAACAGGAAAGGUGCAGUCUGUGAAAUUAGGAAAGUCAAAGAAGUUUUUGAAAAGGCACUUGGCUAUACAGUAAAUGUUGUACAGGAUCCAACUGAAAAAGAUCUAAAAGACUGUUUAAAAGAAAUGGAGAAGGUCAAGUAUCAUUUUUACGAUUCAUUUGUAUUUUGGCUUAUGGCACAUGGGGAAAAAGAUGAAGUUCUACUCGGAUGUGGAAAAUACUCCAGAAAGGAGGAUAUUAUUAAGAGCUUUUGCAAGCUUCCAACAUUGCAGAGAAAACCCAAAGUAUUUUUCAUGAGCUCUUGUCAGGGAAAUAAAAGAAUUCGAGUCACACAAAAGGGUAGUGUAAAGGCAGUAGACGAUGGAGCAAAUGAAGGUGAAGUCCAGUUUUUAGAUAUUGCAGACAGUGCUUGCAAUAUUACUGCAGUGUACUAUGAAAUGGACAGACUCGUUGCACAUGCUACUCUGCCUGAUAAAUAUGCUUUCAGGAUUCCUGAAGAAGGUUCAGUUUAUGUUGACAUAGUUUGUCGGCUUUUGGAAAAGCACAGAGGAGAGAAUAUAACCACAGUACUAGAAAAGGCAAAUAAUAAAGUGCACCAGAUUAUCUUCACACACGAAGACAAAGAAAAGUUUAAAGGUGAAGCAAAGCAGGCAUGUUAUUAUGAAAGUACUCUUCAAAAUACUUUUGUUGUGCCCAGUACAAUUAAAAAUUGAUAUUCAUUCUGUCAACUGCUGAGAAGGAGUUCUCAAAGUGAAAGAACUUUGGUAUUCAUAAUGGUGAGUUUUGCACUGCAAUCAGCAGAAAGAUAAUGUAUGUUGAAGGUAGUUUUUUUAUAUAUAUAUGUAUAUUGUAGGGCACUUAAAAUGUUCUCUGAGCAUCAACAAACAGUGGGGAAUAUUUUUGAAUUAAAGUUUGAUAGUGUUUGAUUAGGAAACAUUUAUAUUUCCUUUUAUGUAAGG